CCGGAGCUGGAGAGCCUUUGAGACCGCGUAUCGGUGACGAUUUUUUUGUUUCACUCCGACAUGAUAUAGUGAAAGAACGGGUAGAACACGCGAGUGCAAUUUUGAAAGAAAAAUGUACAGUGAGGGUGUGCGCGUUAUGCAUGCGUCGGCCUAAGUGUGCCGUGUUUCUCGAACUCGAAAGAUGCUGCCGUGCAAAGCGACGACAGAGGAGGCGCCUUCGCGAAACUGUCAGGAAGAUCGUCGUCGUUGUACGUGAGUCAGUGCGCUGCUCGGUGGAUUGAAAGAAGGCACGCACGUACAAAAUGGCUUCGGGCGACAAUGUGGACGUGAUCGAGGUGGUAGAGACAAGCUUCGCUGGCCCGGUACAGGCCACGGAGGAUCAUCUCAGGCCGGAACAGUCCGCGGACGAGGACAAUAAAUCUACGGGGGAUAAGGUGACAGCACUCGACAGCUUGGUAACACAACAUGGCAUCACAGGGCCCAAAACCCCUGUGGGGGUGUCGAGGAACAAAUCGGAGCGGGAAAGAAAGAUCGGCCACAGAAGAGUUGGAGUGGGAGGUGAAAUCACGUACAAAAAGAUCCAAACGACACAAAUCAUGGGAUCUAUACAGCUAGGCAUCCAACACGCGGUAGGCGGUUUAGCGAGCAAACCAGAACGUGAUUUAUUGAUGCAAGAUUUCAUGACAGUGGAGACGACGAACUUCCCAAGCGAGGGUUCCAAUCACACUCCUGCUCAUCAUUUCUCCGAGUUUAAGUUCAAGAACUACGCACCCAUUGCAUUUCGUUACUUUCGGGAUCUCUUCGGCAUUCAACCGGACGAUUUUUUAAUGUCGAUGUGUAGCGCUCCGUUACGCGAAUUAUCGAACCCAGGCGCUAGUGGAAGUAUCUUUUAUCUAACAGAUGAUGAUGAGUUCAUCAUAAAGACUGUGCAACACAAAGAAGGAGAGUUUUUACAGACGCUUCUUCCAGGAUAUUAUAUGAAUCUAAAUCAAAAUCCAAGGACGUUAUUACCGAAAUUCUUCGGAUUGUAUUGCUAUCGGUGUAAUAGUAAAAAUGUUAGGUUAGUCGCUAUGAAUAAUCUUCUGCCUUCGUCGGUGAAACUGCAUCAGAAGUACGACUUGAAAGGGUCGACGUAUAAAAGAAAGGCAUCGAAAACAGAAAGAUCAAAAUCGUCACCGACGUACAAAGAUUUAGAUUUCAUGGAACAUCAUCCCGAGGGGAUCUUUUUAGAAGCAGAUACGUAUAACGCGUUGGUGAAGACCAUUCAGAGAGAUUGUCGAGUAUUGGAAAGUUUCAAGAUCAUGGAUUAUUCUUUACUCGUUGGUAUUCACAACCUUGACCAGGCUGCGAGAGAAAAAGCGGAGCAGAAAUUAUCAGCGAGUGCAGAAGAGGAAGUUGGCGAAGUCGGAGGUGAGAGUGCAGGAUUUACUCCAGCGGAAAGGGAGAGGGAACGGGAGGAAAGAACAGGUGCCAGCGCCCUGAACCGAUCACGAAGUAUAAACCGACAAAGGUUGGUUGCGCACAGUACCGCUAUGGAGAGUAUUCAGGCUGAAAGCGAGCCGAUCGACGAGGAGGACGAUGUACCCAGUCCUGGUGGUAUUCCUGCUCGCAACGCUCGCGGCGAACGCCUGCUACUCUUCCUUGGUAUUAUUGAUAUUUUGCAAAGUUACAGGCUCAAGAAAAAGCUCGAGCACACCUGGAAGUCGAUGAUACACGAUGGUGACACUGUGUCGGUACAUCGGCCAGGUUUUUACGCGCAGCGUUUCCAAGAUUUCAUGGCCAAGACUGUAUUCAAGAAGAUACCGUCACUGGACCUGCCUGAGAUUAAGGGGAAUCAUCGCAAAUUCCGUAACCUCGUCACCAGCUACAUAGCGUUGAAACAUUCCCCGUCGAAGAGAAAAAGCAUAACCAGGCCUCUCAGGCCUCUGGACGGCGACUUCGAUUCUACUGCGGUGCCGACAACCGGAACUUCGACAAUGCAUGCUACGUCACCCACGAAGGCUGCGAUCACGAGCGACGUUGCGAUCAGCACAACGAGCACGGUGAUGUCCAGUGGUUCGGCACCGAUCGCUACUUCAACCCCGGUGAACUUCGCUUCAGGCCCGGUGAACCCGCCUCCGUUAACCUUGGCCACGCCGCCGCAUCAAGAACCGCAGGUGACGAGUUCCUCGGCCAAGGUAACGAGCUAUCCGGCUGUGUUGAAGGGCAGAACCGCCGCCAGUCCGCCAAAUCCAAAUUUGGUACCGUCUGGCAAGAUUCCACCGCCUGUUCCACCAAGAGGCACGGGUCAAUCGAGGACCGCGAGGUCCUCGGAGGAGCAUCGCGGCACCGGAACCGCCACAUCGGCGUCCUCUAUCACAUCCAGCCGAGGUGGCACCCUUCCUUCCACCUGCUCCACCCCGCCCCCGCCCUUUGACGAUGCAGUGCGCUCAAACGACCAAACAUUGGCUUCCGGUGGUCAACUUCAACAGGGUGCACCGACCACCAUCUUAACGAGCAGUCUGAGCAGUGCUCAAUCGAAGCACAACAAGGUCGUGCAUCAUGUCACCCUCACCAAAACUUAUCACGAUGCCGUGAGCAUAUCCGACGUCCACCUGGAGAGCAGUGGUAGCGGAAGCGGCAGUGGUGGAAGGGAAACGAAGUCGUCGUUGAGCGUAGAGAGCGGUGGUAGCAGCCGAGGCGGAGGCGGUUUGACCUGGACACCUCCAGCAGGAAGCGCAGAGGGUUCGACGCCUACCUGGACAGAGGGUACACCUUCCUUCACCGAAAGCUCCAGCAGCGGUGACGCAGGUUGCCCGACCACGCCGAUCAGGGGCAGCCAACGUCAGGACGACGGAGGAAGGAUCGCUGCCACCGUCGAGGAGGCACUAGCCAGUCUCACUACGGAAAUGAGACGAACGAACGAGAACGCGAAGGAUCUUGCGGAACAGAGAACGUCCCUGUCGAUGUACAGACAAGUGAGAACGAGUUUCAAACGUGCCAGCACGAACCACGUGUCGAUCAUGAGGAGUAUGCAAAGAGUGUUGAACAUUCAACGCCAGGAGCCGUAAGGAUCGGGAAGGAAGCUGUUGUAACGUACGAAAUCUCUCGAGAAAAAUAAUUGAGCGCGCGCGUACAUACACACAGUAUUGUUCGUGUAGAGACGUGAA